UUUAUUGAUGAUUUAUAGUUAUUUUGUUGGAGGAGGAAAGCAUGAAAAGUAAAGGAGAAUUGAAAAUAAUGUGAUGUAGAGAUUUGGUAUAAAUAGAAUUCAAAGAUGAUGAUUGAAUUCGAAAAUCAUGUGUUGUAGAGUUUUCGAUCUUUUCUUUCCUCCAAACUCAAAGCUCAUUAACGUUUUGAAUGUGGUGGUGGUAAUGAUGAUUGAGUUUGCAGAGAUCGGGAAGAGUUCCUGGUGUAGGCAUGACUCACUCCCCAUUUUCUCUAUUGCCCAUAUCCUUUCCUCGAUCUAAUUGGCAGCAAGCCUGUGAAUUAGCCCCUCUUUUCAAUGAGCUCGUUGAUCGUGUCAGCUUAGAUGGUGAAUUUCUACAGGAAUCGCUCUCCAGGACAAAAGAAGCAGAUGUUUUCACCCGCAGACUCUUAGAUAUUCACUCCAAAAUGCUUGAGAUCAACAAAAGAGAGGAAAUUCGUUUGGGUUUGCAUCGUUCAGAUUAUAUGCUUGAUGCUCAGACUAAUUCACUUCUUCAAGUAGAGCUCAACACUAUUUCAACUUCAUCAAUUGCUCCUGGUUGUAUUGUUAGUGAGCUUCACAGGAACUUAAUCAAUCAAAAUGGAAAGCUCCUUGGGUUAGAUUCUGGAAACAUCCCUAGAAACAACAAUGUCAGUCAGUAUGCAGAGGCAUUAGCUAAAGCUUGGAUUGAGUACAACAACUCCAGGGCUGUCAUUUUGGCUGUAGUUCAAGCUGAUGAACACAAUAUGUAUGACCAGCUUUGGCUUCUCUCCAUUUUGAAAGAGAGAUAUGGCGUAACAGUAAUUCGUAAAACAUUGACAGAAAUAGAUGCUGAUGCGGUGCUUCUGCCAGAUGGGACUCUUCUUGUAGGUGAUCGAGAAGUUGCGGUUGUAUAUUUCAGAGCUGGGUAUACACCGCGUGAUUAUCCUUCAGAAUCAGAAUGGAGAGCAAGGCUACUGAUGGAGCAGUCCUCUGCUGUCAAAUGCCCAUCUAUUUCCUAUCAUUUAGUUGGAACUAAGAAGAUACAACAAGAGCUAGCAAAACCCAAUGUGCUUGAGAGGUUCAUUGAGAACGAGGAUGACAUUGAAAAACUACGUAAAUGCUUCGCAGGGUUGUGGGAUUUGGAUGACUCUAAUGCUGUGAAGAAUGCAAUUAAAAGACCUGAACUGUUUGUUAUCAAACCCCAACGAGAAGGAGGAGGGAACAACAUCUAUGGCGAUGAUGUGAGAGAAACCCUACUGAAAUUAGAGAAGGAAAGGAGUGAAGAACGUGCAGCCUAUAUUCUUAUGCAAAGGAUUUUCCCCUUUACUGCUCCUGCAUGUCUGGUCAGAGAUGGAUCUUGUCAUCAAGUAAAUAGUGUAUCAGAAGUUGGGAUUUUUGGUGCUUAUCUAAGGAACAAAGAGAAGGUGAUCAUGAAUGAUGAGUGUGGUUACUUGAUCAGGACUAAGGGUUCUACAGCAAAUGAAGGUGGAGUUAUUUCUGGAUAUGCUGUGAUAGAUAUCAUAUAUUUGACUUAAUUGAGAUGAAUUUCCAAGGGAUCAACACAGGUAUUUGAUCGGUUUAGAUGCUAUGGCUGUACAUAUCUGUCAUCUUUUGUUUCCAUGAAGCCCUCCAGUGGGAGGUGUAGAAAGAGAGGCUGAAACAGAGUAGUGCCACUUUGUUAUCCGGUUGCUUUCUGAGUCUUUGUUCUGUUGUUCUGUAUAUAUAUAGUAAUUACUAAUGCUUUUAUCAAAUCAAAACAAUAGAUUGUAAUAAAUUGAUAGAGAAUAAAGAGGGCAGGGACCUCCUGCAUGUAA